GCGCGAAGUACGAGGCGCUUGUCUAAGCCAGUCCGCCAUGUUAGGGAUGUCGCUCUGCUGAGGAGGGGGUUUCUGCGGUGGGGGCUGUCGCUGGAGCCCAGCGGGCGGUGAGCGGCCCUGACUGCCCAUCCGUUCCUUCAUCCCUCCCGCCAGAGCUGGGCCAGCGGGUGACUACGGGCCAGGGCUGCCUGGUGGGGCUGCCUGACAGGGCUUCCCUUGCUUCCCGAGGAGCGCGGCAUGGAGCCGCAAGUGAAUCUUCGCGUCACCUGCCGCGGGGAAACCCAGAGCUUCCUGGUGUCAGAUACAGCGCACACGACGUGGGCCGAUGUGGAAGCCAUGGUUAAAGUUUCAUUUGACCUGGAUGACAUUCAGAUAAAAUACAUUGAUGAGGAUAAUGAUGAGGUUUCUGUGAAUAGCAAAGAGGAAUAUGAAGAAGCUCUGAAGAUUGCUGUUAAACAAGGAAAUCAGCUACAGAUGAAUGUGUAUGAAGAAAACUCUCCUCUGAAAGAAGCUUCAUCUUGUUCUUGGCAACUGCAUGAAAAAACAGUCACUGAGAAGUUGGCAGUUCUUAAAGAUGAGCUGACAGCUCAGCAAAAGUUAAAUCACAGUAGAACAGGAAGAACAAAUCAAAGCCCUCCAGAAUGGUUUACUAGCUACUUGGAAACUUUCAGGGAGCAAGUGGUGAAGGAAACUGUUGAGCAACUAGAACAGAAGCUAUACGAGAAGCUUAUUCAUCACAAUCAGUCUUCAGACUUCUCUGAGAGCUCUAUUACAGCAGCACCUCCUGGUUCAGAGACCCAAACAAAGAAUGGUAAUCAACGUGACUGGCUGAUCUCCUGCUGCAACUGCCAGGAUCGAAUUGUUGGAGUUCGCUACCAGUGCAGUCUCUGUCCAGCCUACAAUAUUUGUGAACAGUGUGAAGCAGGAGUGUAUGGACACGAUCCUAAUCAUAUUUUGCUAAAGCUACGAAGGCCUACGCUAUGUGUUGCUGAAAACUAUGAUGUUGCACAGUUUUCACCUUGCCUGCCCACUACUCUGGAGCAAGUUAGGCUCCAGAAGCAGAUAGACAAAAGAUUUCUGAAGGCAGAAAAGCAGAGGUUACGAGCAGAGAAGAAACAGCGAAAGGCAGAGGUCCGGGAGCUCAAAAAGCAGCUAAAAUUGCACAGGAAAAUUCACCUGUGGAACUCUGUCCCUGUAUUGGAAACUAGUGGCUCACCAACUCUGAAGUCAGAAAAUCUCCAACACAGUACCAUACCGGGUCUCAGUCAACACUUCCAAGCAGUUGUCCCAACACUGAGUGCAGUUUUUGUGGAUGAGAAUUUACCAGAUGGGACUCGCUUGCAGCCAGGCACAAAGUUCAUCAAGCACUGGCGAAUGAAAAAUACUGGCAAUGUGGAAUGGAGCACAGACACAAAGUUGAAACUUAUGUGGGGAAAUCUCACCUUGGCAUCUUCUGAGAAGAAGGAUGUGUUGGUACCAUCCAUACCAACAGGACAAGUAGGAACUGUUUCAGUUGAGUUUGUGGCUCCCAAUAUAGAAGGAACUUAUACCUCUCACUGGAGGCUGUCACACAGAGGGGAACAGUUUGGGCCUAGAAUCUGGUGCAGUAUUGUUGUGGAUCCUUCCCCAGCUACUGACUCUUUAGAAGGCAAUUGGAAGGAUUUUGAUUCCUGUCAUAAAGAUGAUAUUUCCAGUAACAAACAGGAUACUUACUUGAAGACAGAAAGAAAUGCUCAGGUUACGGGUGAAAUUGUGGAACAGGCUGAGAUAUCUCUGCCAACUUUUCCUUUGAAGAUGAAAAAUCUACCCAGUGAGAGAGAAUUCUAUAUCCCAUCUGUUGAUCUUCUCACUGCACAGGAUUUGCUGUCCUUUGAGCUACUGGACAUCAAUAUUGUACAGGAAUUAGAGCGAGUGCCACACAAUACUCCUGUUGAUGUGACUCCCUGCAUGUCCCCUUUGCCGCAUGAUAGCCUCUUGCUAGAGAAACCUGGCUUAGAUCAGAUAGAGGAGGAGAAUGAGGGUAAACCAGUGUCUGAUUCUUGUGUGGUGAAAAUGAAAACUGAACAUCCACUGAACCAAGAAGAAGGGGAAGAAGAUAUGAGCGGGACUCAGUUUGUGUGCGAAACUGUAAUUCGCUCUCUGACUCUGGAUGCUGCACCUGACCAUAAACCCCCACAAAAAAAGAAAUCGCAGAAGAAUGAGCUUCUGCUGUCUGAUGAGAGAACAGACCGCUCUAGCAGUACAGUCAGAUCUGAUGAAGAUGAUGAUAAAGAUGAUGUUCAAAGUCAAGGCUCUUCUGCUUCAUCAGAGGAUUAUAUCAUUAUUCUCCCUGAGUGCUUUGAUACCAGUCGUCCUUUAGGGGAGUCCAUGUAUAGCUCAGCUCUUUCUCAGCCCAGCCUGGAAAAGAUGGGAGAAUCUGAAACAGGGGCAGGGAAUUCAGAAGGGGAAAGGCAGCCACAGAUGCAUAGCAUCAGUAACAUUUUGACAACUUCACAUACACUGGCUGUAGUACCGUUGGCCUCUGAGGUUGUGGACACCUUACCCCAGUCAGAAAGAAAUCUUGCAUCUCUUCAGAAUCAUAUCUUCCAAGAGCCAAACAGACCAACUUUGGAGAAUGUCUCUUCCACUCCUUGUAAUCAAAUAAGAGAAGAACCUAGUGGUGAAGAGAGGCGUGAACCAGAAUCUUCUGUAUUUCUAACUAGUAUCCGGAAGGGCUCUGAAUAUGCAAGACACCCACAAGGAGGCAGUAUUGCAGGAGAUCUAGUUAAAGGAGCUCUGUCAGUUGCUGCCUCUGCCUACAAAGCAUUAUUUGCUGGACCGCCCAUUACAGAACAGCCUGCAGCUACAGAAGAGCACACUGCUGCUCUUCUAUCCAGUCUGUGUGAGAUGGGAUUCUGUGACAGGCAGUUAAACCUGCGACUGCUGAAGAAACACAACAAUAAUAUGGUUCAAGUGGUAACUGAAUUGCUUCAAAUCAGUAAUGGUGACUGGUACAGCAAUAGAUGCUGAGCCUUCCUGGUGGAGGGAUGAAUCUCCUUAGUUGAGCAAAUUCUCAUUAAACACUACAGCAUUAGCAGACUGACCUUCAGCUACUUUGGAGAUAUAGAUAAAACUUUGUCCUUUCCUCAAGCUUUUGUCUUUUUCCUCUCAUGGAAAUGUCAAACAAUGCUUGUCACAACAUUUUACAAAUUGGACACCAGAAUUUCAACUUUACUUUUGCUGAAAUUAGAUGUAUUGAGGUUGGUAACUUUAUGCUGAUUCCUUUUUACCUGGAAAUGUUAUAGAGUGACUUUAGCCUGCACACUUCUCCUUUUACUGUAUGUAAAAUACUUCUAGGCAGCUGGGAGCUUUUGUUUUGUUGACUUCUAACACAUUGCUUCCUAUUACAAAGUUUAAAAUGCUUCUGUAAAAUAUAGUCUUGUCUAAUUUAUAAGAGAUACCAGCUACUUGGAAACUCUUUCUUCUGACAUGAUACAGUUAUCGGUUUUUGUCCAGUUCUUGAUAGUAAUGUAACAGAAUUAAACCUUACAAAUAAUUCUCGGGGGUGUUGGGGGGCUGGGGGAGAAGGCGAUGUUGCUCAUAUAUUAAAAUUAGUCUUGAACCAUCAAAUGACUUCUGAAAAGCCUGAAGUUGAUUUGAACGGAUGUAUACCAGGAAAAUCACUGUUUCUUGAAGCAGAAUAAAGCAUAAGAGUUAAUUUACCAGCUGCUAUUAACUGUAACCAUUAGUAGUAAUUAUAACAGUAAACUUAUAUCUAACAAAAAAUAUAGUCUACAUAAAAUAUUUUGUUAAAAAUGGAGUUGUACUGUAGGAAAAACCUUCCUAAGAACCUUUGAAAAGGUUCUUUGGGGGGGAUGGGGGGGGAGUGUAAAAACUCAACCCCUGUGUUUUUUGUGUUGUCCAGACAUCUUAAUACUACAUUAAGAGUUUUCAUGCGUACAAAGCCAGACUUGAACUGGAGUAUGAAUUCUGGUAGUAUUUGGGAAACAAACCCAAAUACCCCCCUACCCCCCCAAGGCAGGGGUUUUACAACAUACUUCAUUUUGAAAAAUAUAGUAACUUGAGCAGUGUUAUAUGUAUAGUCUCUGGCAACGUUUCUGGCUGCUUCUGUGUUUCUGUAAACACAUCUGUAGAACUCACUUUCUCUCACAGUUUUUCUUUACGUACACAUACUUAUUUCAGUGUUUAAGCUCCCAAACAUCCUGAGAGGUGAUUUGAUUCUGAAGAAUCGCAAGCAACCAGUAACAUACACUGCUGUGCAGUGGUGUAUCUGUAGAUAACUGCUCACAGGUCAGUCCUCUGAAAGUGACAGCAAUGUUGGCUACAUUCUUUCUUUCGAGUAAGCUUUCUAAGUUGCCGCAGUGGGAGACCACUGAUCCUGAAAUACAAAUACUAUUGCUGCUUCAAAAUAAGGUGUUUCUAUUUUGACACAACGUAGCUGAAGCAGCUGUGAGUAUUCUGAUUGAUCAGAUGAUCAGUAUUAGUUUUUUAAAGACCUAAUACUCUCCAUGAUAAAAUACCAUUAAAAUAAUUGAAGAGAAAUAUGUAUCAUACUUCUUCUGUUUUAAACAUAUUUUUAUAGAUUGUGGAAGGCAAACUCUUAAAUGCUUAUUUUGAAAUACAGUAGGACUAUUUUGCAGUGUUUCCCAUCUGUCUGUACCCCAGUACAGCUGCCUACUGUGGACCAGAUAAAGACUUUUCUGUAACUUGAAAUUAUGGUUUUUUUCCCCCCACUAUAACUUACACAUACUGAUCUGAAUAUCUUUCAGCUUAUGCUUACUAUACAAUAUGAUGAGGAGGAGGGGACAUGGAUAAGUGCAAUAGCUGGUGAAGUUAUUAAUCUGGUUGUUUGUUUUGAUCUGUAAUGCCCAGCAGCACACUUGCUCUUUCUGUGUAUACCUUCAUACUUAAGAUUUUAAUAUGUUCUGUAAAUUAACAAAACUAGAAUGUUUGAGGAAAAGCACUUCGUUGCAGAUUGAAGUGUGAAGUGUGAAAUACUGUUUUCUUUGGGUUACCGUUUACUAGAGGUUAGAUAGUGUAUGUUCAGGCUUAAGAUGUAUUUCUGUUGGCUUUGUAUAUUUUGUUAACGGAUGCAUGGUAUAAUUUAUAAUAUAUUCUAUAGUGCAAAUAUGACCUGUACCUUAUUUAGGCUAAGUGCUUUAAAUUCAUCUGUGAUGCGGGGGAGAGGAGGGUAGAAGACCAUAACCUUACAAUAAAUCUCUUUAUCUGGCUGGC